AUGGCAGCCUCCUCGUCCUCAAACCCCAACCGGUUCUCCUUCCGCAACCCGUUCCAGUUCUUGAUUUCCUCUUCCUCUUCUUCGACAGACAACGACAGCGCCAACAAGAAGGAAAGCAGCAGCAACAGCCGACCAACCAGCAGAAGACUAAGCAGACCCAGCUCCCCUACUUCCUCAAGCUUCUGGUCAUCCCUCUACCGAAAAACAUCCUCUACCUCAACCAACACCGCAAUGUCCACCGCCACCAUCCCCUCCGCCAUGUCGGACACCACCACCACCGCCACCACCACCACCACCACCACCACCCCACCAACCCUCUCCUCCUCCCCCGCCACCUCAACAGACAGCUACUUUCCCCCCGUCACCACCCCUCCCACCCCCACCGACAACAACAACAACAACAACAACAACCUCAAGCCUGCUGCUACCCUCACCCAAUGCCACAAUUGCGGCUCAACCACCUCCCUCGCCAUUCCUACCGCCACUCCCCCCGCUGCACCAAAGAGGACAGCCACAACCCCCAUAAUUCACGUCCAACCCCCCGUCCCGGGCCGCAAGCAAAUCAGAGUCGACCCCCUCUCUACCCAAUUCCCCAAGCCGGCCGCCGAGUUGAGCGUGGAGGAGCUCCUGGCAAGGAAGCCAGGCCGGUGGACGCUGACGCAGUGGGUGGAGAAGCAAAAGCUGGUUGAUCAGCAAGAGGAGGAGAGGGAGAGGAGAAAGGUGCAGGAGGAUGCCGAGAAGAGGAGGAGGGAGAUGGAGGAGGUAAAGAGGGAGUUGAGGGCUUUGGCCAGUGGGUUGUGA